ACAGUAUCAAUAAAAAUAUUCUCAGUAGCUUAUCACCUAGCUUCAAGUUUCUAAUUUUAUUAGGCUCGUCCUCAAUUACAUGGACAAUCUCAGUUUACCAGGUAGACUCAGUGUAAAGCUAAAUGAUAUCACCGGAACGAUAUCUAAUAUGGUGAAUUCUUGGUGAUUCAACUUCUUAUCCCUUUCAUUUCCUUACAGAUACUACGAGCGGGGAUACAGGCCUUCGAGACAGGAUGUCCAAUUUUCAACGAACACGCAGUAAAGUUUGGUGGGGUGAUUCACCGCCAAACAUUGGAAGUCCGGUGGCGCAGCCCGAGUGGAACCGAAACAAUCGCGCUCGAGACGAUCCUGAUUGGGAGCCCCAACUACCUCACUGGAUAGCGAAUCAGCCUGACGAACCACAAAACAAUAGUGCCGAUGACAUCGCGCAACCCAUUCAGAUGAACCAAUGGCCUCUGCGUCACGGCAGUCCCGGCAGCCACAAGAGCCAGGAUUCCGGAUUUUCUGACUCCGACAGCUCUCCACCACCAUCACAGUAUUACCAGGCGCCUGAAACUACGGAUAAUAAUAAAUCUUCAAGUAGUAGCGAUUCUAACAACAACCAAGAUGUUACUGUGAAACAGGCCCCUGGUUAUCAAAAAACAUCACCGAGCCGUGAUGCUAAUAAUGUGAUGCUGCCUGAUAAUGUCAGUUGCGGGAUGCCGACACCCAAACCUCGUCUUCGAAGCAGUAGUGUCAUACAGACACCAUACGACUUGCAGAAGUAUUGUGAAAUACAUCAAGACGAGGAACAUAUGGAACUGUUAAAGGAUAAGGACACAGAAAACGUGGGCAGAAUUGAAAAGAAGAGUCCAUCACCUAAGAAUAUUAAUAAAGAUAAAGUAAAUAAAGAAAACUCGCUAAAUAUUUUAAACAAUAAUUUAAACAGUAAACCUAAGGUAAAAGUCGAAAACAAAAUAGACAUAAAAGUUACACCUCCGAGUAACGUAAGUAACAAAGAAAAUAACAUAACAACCAAAAGUGCAAUACAGAAAGAUACCAAAGAAGUACCAGCUAAAAACAUUAAUGUAAUAAGUCCCUCGAAAAAGUAUCCGGCGAAGAAGUCAUUCAUAUCUAGUACAGAUAGCGACAGCACCAAAGUUAUUAAAGUAGCUAAAGUAAAGGAUUUAGAGACAAGCAAAAACAAAUCAGAUGACAGUUUAGAAUAUUUGAAACUAGAAGAUGACAAUGAAAUAGCAGUAAACAACCAGCCGCGGGUACGUACACCGAUAUCUAACGUGUCUUAUGUACCUACUGAGAGGACAUCUACGUCCAGAGCAGAGUACACACGUAGCUUGUCAAACGAGGAUGCUACACCUAUUACCACAACUCCAAAGUUCCAAAGAAAUAGACUAAACAAAUCACUUAACUUCGAAGCUCAGAGGUUAGACCAACAAAUCCUGGACAUACAAGAAGGGUAUCACUCGUUAGGUUACAUAGAUGAAGAACCUAACAAUGACAUGAUGUAUGAAAACGAACAAAUACAUAAACCAACUAAAGCUAUCCUUGGUAAGAAUAUCAUGGACAGUUUACAUUUAAAACCGACUAAGAAGCCAGGGCCUAAGGCUAAGCAACGGAUGGCCACAAAGUCAGACAAAACGAAGGACCUAUUCAGGAUAUUUCCUAAAAAGGAAAAGCCUGGAGUAGUAGAAGACUAUGCUGGUGGUUAUUUGAAAGGUAGUAGGGUUCCUGUGCUAGGUUUACCGAGGGUCAAAGAGCAAGACUCAUGGGUAAUAGUCGGCCAUCCCGAAGAAAUGCUAAUACCUCAUUACAACGAAAGAUUAGUGGGUGAACAGAGCGAUGUGACUGUAAAAGCUGCAGAGAAAAAAGAAAAUGUAGAGGACUUUCUCAAAAAUGGCCGAGUUACACCUCCACCUCAGUUUCAAGAUAAACAGAAAGCUCCUUACGAGACAGAACCUAAGACGAAUAAGAAUCUUACACACGACUCCAAAAGGGAGAAAUUAAAAGGAGAAUUAGAUUUUGUGGAUGUCCAGCUGAACUUGGCAUGUACUUCCACGCCAAAGAUGUUAGCUCCACAUGAGUUUAUGGAUGUUCCUAAGAGCGAUAAGAAAAGUGCCCGUAAACUCAAUAUACAGGACGAGUUUAAUAGCGAGAACUACCCCUCUAGGUUGGUUUUAAACAACCAAAAUGAGAUCCUUUAUCGAGAGAGAUCUAUAGACCAGACAUGCUUAGAGCGACUAUGUGAUAGAAAACCAGAGCCUGUCCAGUAUUGGUUAUGUGACUUGAUCGGGUCUUGUGAGAACGAGUGUAUGACUACGCUGCAAAGCAAGCCACUCGGAGCCGAGAUGAAGGCGAUGGUAUCAGCCAGCUCCGCUACCAUAACAGGGAACAUAAAGAAAGUUCAGACACAUGGACAGAUUAUUGUUUACCAAUACAGCGAUGUUUUAAGACAAAUUGAAUCCGGAAAAUCGAGUGAGGAACAAAUCUGUUUAUUGAUAGCAAAUAUCAAUGAGUUCGUCUUAGCUCACAGCAUCACCCUAAACACAAAGCCACCAGGAGAGACUCCAGAAAGGUGGGACAAGAUCAAGAAGUCCUUACAACUGUAUUUACAAAAGUUAAUCGAUGUCGGAGAGGAUGUCAAAGUGGAAUUGAAUGAAAGUGUCCCCGAGUGGACCUUAGUAUGUAAACAUUUGGACACGUUGAUAGAAAUCUUCUUGGAGACCACUAAGGCUGUUUUAGUUCAACAGAUGAAGACUCUGGUUUCAAUCAUUGAAGAACCACCUUCGGACAUGAUUCUUAAGAGUACGUUGACGUCUAUUGGACACUUGGCGAUGCUAAGUGACACUACAGAAGGUUCCUUACAUGAGAAGUGUUCUAAGAUCAUGAAGAAUAUUACUGAGUUGCCAUUCGUGGACUGCGCGGUCCCUAGAGCAUUGUUGACGGCGAUCAUUGAAAGUAACAAAAGCUCAAUAAAGGCGUUGUCGUUGCGUGCGCUUGCGACCGUCUGCGUCACUGGAGAUGCUGUUAAACAGUUUGAAGAGGGCGGUGGUAUAGAGAUUAUCUCAGAUAUUCUCUCGGACCGCAAGAACCCCGAACCUCAGAUGCGCGAAGCCAUCACAGUGCUCACUCAAAUCACGGCACCCUGGUUGAGAGGGCAUUACGAUCUCACACAGAUGCACAUCUACCUCAACAACAUUGUCGAACACAUUACCGGUAUUCUGUCGCGUACCGAAUGCUGUCAACUCCUUCUUCUAUGCACGGCAUGUCUCGUCAACUUGGUGCGAGAGCUGGAGUUGGAGAAGAAAGAUGAUGACGUCACGACCAAAUCUGACAUCGUCGAGGUGAUCACCAAGCAUCGGACUGUUGAGAGACUGCUAGACGCUGUGAAACGACGAGGACCUAACAUCUCAGUGUUUUUGCAAGAACAGACAGCAUCGCUCCUAGCGUCUCUGUCGCGGAUUCCUCGCUGCAUGUUACUCCUGUCGCGCGUGACGUCAGUAUGCGUGGCGCUAGUGUGCUUCGCGCGAUUCUCGCCCGGCGCCUGCGCACGUACUGCCGAACUACGCGCGCAAGCCAGGCUGCAUUGCCAUGCCGCGGAGGCUAUCUCUAGACUGACGGUGAUGCCGGACGUCGCAUACCAGAUUGUGCAACUAGAGGGCGUUCCUCUCCUUACAAAGUUAGUAAGGUUGCAGCGAACGCGGCCCCCGUUGGACACCAACCCAGACCAGACCCUCAUCCACUGCCUAAAGGCACUCAGGACCAUAUACAAACAUCACCCAAACACCUUCGAUGAUGAACAGGAUAUCAAUGACAUGAUCAGACCCCAUCUGAUGGAGUCACUCAUGUUAUUUUCGGCCAAAAAAGAAAGCUACGUCUAGUGAUAUUCAUAGAUUCCAAUACUCUCGAUAAUUCUAUCGAUAUUAAUAAAAUUCGAAUAACAGCAUCGAUGGUUAUAUCGAUAUAAAUUUUGAUAAUAGAAUUAUCGAUAUUGUUAUCCGAAUGAUUGAUGUACCUAUAACUUUAUUAGGAAUUGGAUGGAGAUACUAAAUUAUUUUUUGGAUUACGUGUACGUAAUAAAAUCAAACUCGAAUAUAAGUACUGGAGUAAUCCUGAGACUGAAUUAAGUAAAUUAUUUAGUUAUGAACUUAGGACAUUCCUAUGAUUACAUAAAUAACACAAAGAAUUAACUAAUCAGUAGUAAUUUAUAACCACAGAACUUCAAGAAACGAUAAUAAUCGAAUUUGUAAUGAAAUAAUUAAUCGAUUCAAAUAUUUGACAAAUGAAUUCAUCAUGCCUUCCACCUAAAGAAUGAAAAAGUUAGGAAAACGCAUUCCUACAAACUAAAUAUUAUUUCUUCAUUAUUGGAAUAUUUUGGUUUUUUACCAAAUUAAAAGUUUCAAAUCUAAAGCUUUUUAAAUGUGUUUUUUUUGAAUUGCACUAUGGUUCUGUACAGUAUUGCCAUACAUUCCACUAAGUAUAAAAGUGUUGCUGUAUAUAAAAUUUUAAUUCUACUUUUUACAAGUUCUUUUCUUAAUUGGCUUUGUAAAUAGCGUACUUACAAGUAGGUACUUACGUUUACUUAAUUCACUAUUUAUCUUUAAUAGUACAGAGGCCAUACUAUAUUGUGAAAUUACUUCUACUAGUCUUUAAUCAAUAAUAUACUUAUUUGUAGUUAUUGUAAAGGGCAACCUUUAUUUUUCUGAAUCCAGUGGUACAAAACAAUUUUAAACCUUGUCCUUGCUAGGGAACAUU